AUGGCAAACCCAUACCCUUUCCAAGACAAGGUUAUUGCCGUCUCUGGCGCUAGUCGCGGAAGCGGCCUGGCUCUCUCGCGUUACCUCCUUGUCCGAGGCGCAAAGGUGUCCAUGGCAGCUACAUCCGAGGAGAACCUGAAGAAGGCCAUUGCUGGUAUCGAGAAAGAUAUUCCGGACGUCAAGGAUCGGGUCAUCUAUUUUCCCACAGAUGUUACCAAACAGGAUGACGUGAAGGCGUGGAUCGAGGGAACGGUUGCCAAGUGGGGAGACCUGGACGGUGCAGCUAAUGUAGCUGCCAAGAUGAACAAGAGCAUCCAUCCCAUUGAAGAACUUGACCUCGAGGAGCUGAAGGAGAUGCUCGAUGUCAACGUCAUUGGCACCUUCAACAGCAUUAAAUACGAGAUGAAGAACAUGAAACCUGGCGGCAGUAUCGUCAACUGCGGUAGCCAGCAGGUCAAGUACGCCUCGGGCAACAUGGGCGCAUACGCAGCUUCAAAGAAUGCCGUCCGCGGGCUAAGCCAAAGUGCUGCUUAUGAAGGUGGAGCAAAGUAUCCCAAGAACCCCAUCAGAGUCAAUCUUCUGUGCCCCGGUUGCAUCGACACGGAUAUGAUCCGCCAGCCUCUACACUUGCCCAACGGCGGAGGUACAUGGACGAUGACAGAGGAUGAUAACCUAACAUCGAUUAUUAAGCGGUAUUCCAAGCCGGAAGAGAUUGCUGCGUCAAUUGCCUUCUUGCUGGGAGACGAGAGCAAGUUCAUGACGAAGCAAGAAAUUUAUGUAGACGGUGGCUGGAUGGAGGCCAAUUAUGUUGGAUAA